AUGGGGGAGUCUUCAAUUUUCGUCCUUGACGCGAGAACUAAUGAGUGCGUUCACUACGAGUCGGUCGAAGCAUUCCCACGUAAACGACGGAUGGUCAUGAGCACGGAAGUAUUUAAGAAACACACCGAUAUUCAAAUACGCAACGAUCUCAUCGACUGUCAGAUAGACAUUUGUUCCGUGGAGAGGAUCAUUGUAGUCUAUGAUGUUCAUCUGGUUGGCGAAAACGGGAGAGGAUAUUUAUGGUCCAAUGAAAUUUCGGACACGGAUGAAGAAAUUGCAAGGAAUAUAAAAGUUGCGUCACUCGCACAUGAUAUAUCCAACAUAUCAAUAAGCGAUUCAUCCGCAUCCGUUGUUAGCGACGGAUCUUACGAAGAAAGUGAUCCAGAUGAAUUAUCGGCCCAUGAGGUGUUCCAUAAGGAGGAACAUUGUGCUGAAACACGAGCCGACUUCAAACUUUUUGCGCCGACAUGUCGCGUCCUCUACGAAAUGGAUAUAUUGGAGGAGGAAGCUAUAUUAAAAUGGUAUUAUUCUGAUUCGUCAAAUAAUGACACCCUCAAGUCAGUUCGUGAGCAGAUACUUUCCGUAUUAGAAGAACUGGACCCGGACAUUGCGUUUAUCCAAGAGGUCGACAUCAAUUGCAAACGCUCUGGAAGUAAAAAUCAUUUUAAGGAGAUAGCAACUAAACUAGGUUGGAAAGGUGGAUUCGUGUGCGAGUUUUUGGAGGUGGAAAGCGAAAUAAGAAAAGAAAGAGAUCAAGGAGGAGGAAUCCACGGCAAUGCUAUAUUCACUAAACAUGAAGUAUCUUUUCGCGUUCUCGAUCACAAACAUCAUCCUUUGAACUGGGAACGGGAGGGUGUAUCACUACGCGAACCAAGAGUAGGAAGGAGAUUUACAUUGGUGGCGGAAGUUAUGACGCCAAUUGGUCCGCCGAUUUUGUGCUAUUGUGUUCACUUGGAGGUUUUCUGUGGGAUAGUCGGCAGGAUUGUUCAAUUUUCCGAGAUACUGGCCGAUUCCACAAAACGCAUUGACACUCAUCCGAAUCAGUUGAUCUUUGGAGAUUUGAACACCAUGGGACAUUCAAUUGCUCGCUUGUCACCGCUGUAUUGUACGGAUAGAUAUCGUUUUCUGUCGUUGGGCUGGACAGAGUCCGAAUGGUGGGACGUUAAUCUUUUUGGUUGGCACAUUCACGACGGAGAAAUAAAUCUUAGGCUACAAUCUGGUGGAUUAAAAACUUUGGCAGCGUUUUUAAGAAUAAACAAGAGUCUUAGUGAACGCAGUCUUCAAGUAAUGUCCGGAUUUUCGUCGGAGGCUUUGCGUGCGGCGCGAAAUCCGGGAUUCUAUGACCCUUGGUCGCCAACCAAGGAUAUCACCUUGCACAAUCCGAAUUAUCUAGGUCUAUACUCGGCAAAACUUGACUGGACGCUGAUAUGUGGAUUUGAAGUUGUCAACAGGUGGAUCGGCAAUGACGAUUAUUCGGCUUCGGAUCAUAAGUACAUGAUGGUGGAGUUGAAAUUUGACGACGAGAAGGACAAAACGUUAUCAUCGAGAAGUCGAUGGGAGAAUAGGAGGAACUUUUGGAGGAAUGAAUUAAACGUAGACAGUAACGAUGGCGUAAUGAGAAAGUGGAUGAAGACUAUUGGAUUGGGGGUUGGCGUUGCAGUGAUUGCAACUGCGAUUCUCAGUCAACGAUGA